AGUGACGUGUGCGGACAAAGGCAGAGGCCGCGAGGUGUCUGGUCCGGUAGAGCGGUGGUGGCUGCCGUGGGCUACGGUCCUUGCCAGCUACCUCUUCAACCCGUCCUUGUCUCUCGGGUCCCUGGAGCCCCCACCGAGGGGAGCAGAGAGGUGGCUGGUGACUGCGGGGCUGGUAACAUCAUGACGAGCGAGGUGAUUGAGGAUGAGAAGCAGUUUUAUUCGAAGGCCAAGACCUACUGGAAGCAGAUCCCGCCCACGGUGGACGGCAUGCUCGGGGGGUAUGGCCACAUCUCCAGCAUCGAUCUCAACAGCUCCCGGAAGUUUCUGCAGAGGUUUUUAAGGGAAGGCCCAAACAAGACGGGGACUUCCUGUGCCCUGGACUGUGGUGCUGGCAUUGGAAGGAUCACCAAGCGCCUGCUCCUGCCGCUCUUCAGGGUGGUUGACAUGGUUGAUGUGACAGAAGACUUUCUGGCCAAAGCCAAGACCUACCUGGGGGAAGAGGGCAAGAGAGUGAGGAACUACUUCUGCUGUGGUCUCCAGGACUUCAGCCCGGAGCCCAGCUCGUAUGACGUGAUCUGGAUCCAGUGGGUGAUAGGUCACCUGACGGACCAGCACCUGGCUGAGUUUCUGCGCCGAUGCAAGCGCGGCCUGCGCCCCAAUGGCAUCAUUGUGAUCAAAGACAACAUGGCCCAGGAGGGUGUGAUCCUGGACGAUGUGGACAGCAGUGUGUGCCGUGACCUUGAGGUGGUCCGCCGGAUCAUCCGAAGUGCCGGCCUCAGCCUCCUGGCAGAGGAGCGCCAGGAGAACCUGCCAGCUGAGAUCUAUCAUGUCUACAGCUUCGCCCUGAGAUGAAGUCAGGGCCAGAGCUGGGGGCCAGCAGCUAACAGGCCAAGAGACACCUGCCAUCCUCCAUUGACUCCAGUGGAAAGGGACAAGCCCCAGGGGAGGUGUGCCCUGGAUUGGGGCAGUGCAGCCCUGUCACUCCAAAGCACCCUGGCAACACCCCACAGGGCCUAUGGGAAGUGGAGUUGUCAUCCACUGGACUAGCUGCCUGCGGGGACAGACUCUUCACUUGGUUGCCUAGGACCUGAAGUAUGUGGACUGUUGUGUUCCAGGACAGCCAGGGAAGCCACACGUGGUACCUGCCAGACGGUACCACUUACAGGAAUGAUCACAGCCCCAAUUCUUUUUGGUGACGGGUCAGAGCCGCCUGCAGCUCCUUGGGAGCUCCUCCCUGACAGGCAUGUACAGCCAAUAAAAGGGUGAACCCUGUUCUCAAAUG